AUGCCGGACGGUAUUACCGGCGGAAUUUCCUCUGUCGGACAACCGCUGGACAUGGUGAAAACGAACAUGCAAUUAUAUCCUAAUUUAUAUAAAAACAUGUUCUCUUCGUUGUACAUGACUGGCCGAGGACGGGGCAUCCGAGGACUGUAUGUCGUUUGUGUGCCGGCUCUGUUGGCGAACUCUGCUGAAAACGCGGUCAUGGUCGGUUCGUACGGCCAUUGCCGAAGUUUGGCGACAUACGUUGUCGAGCGGGUCAAAAACCACAAUAUUAUGUUUGCCAGAAGUAUUUAAUCGGUUAGUAUAAACGUCGUUCGUUGAAUACUUAUAGUUAAAAAAAAUAAGUCGUUAAUUUAUACACAGGAAAAUGUAAAUAAUUGCGAUAUGAUAAAAAUUGUUACUAUAAUAAAAAUUAUACAUUUUUUUUUUUUUUUAUAAGAAGUAACUGCCUCUAUACAUAUGCGAUGAAAUGCGAAUAUAUCUAUUUUCGUCGCACAAAAAUUAAUUACACCCUUCCAGCUAUUUACCUCGCCGGUACUUUACUGCGUCGAGUUAGUAAAAAUUUGAAAGCAAGGAUACGAUUGCUUCAGAGAAGUACGUCCAAACCUUCCAUUGGUAAAGCCGGCGGUAAAACAAACACUGAAGGCCGACGGACUCAGAGGUCCAUACCGUGGACUGCAGUGCGCAUUAUUAAGAGAGUUCGUUUGUAAAACGUUGUUCUUCGGAUUGUAUGAACGGUGUCAGAAAUUUUUGAAUCCAACUGGUGAACGAAAAGAAAAAUCUGAUCUGUCGACCCCGGUGACGUCCGGAUCAAUAGCUGGCCUAGGGACGCGGCUCGUAGCAUACCCGAUGGACGUGGUUAAAUCGCGUGUCCAAAUGUCCGAAACACAAACCCGGCGGCCGUUGAUGCGUAAAGAAAUCCAAAAAGCGGGAUUUCGUGGAUUUUACACGAGAUUAUGGUCCGCACUAAUCAAAAUUAUGCCGGUCACUUCAAUAUUUCGGUUUUAG